AUGGAAAGUGGGUUUAGUGCAGAAGAUCUGUCCAAGAUUGGAGGUAUUGCCACCGUGUCAUUGCUGCAUUCUUUCAUUCCAACUCAUUGGUUGCCAUUUUCAAUUGUGGGUCCUGCUCAGAAAUGGACUCUUUCUAGAACCCUUUUUGUCACUGCAUUCGGAGCAGUAUUGCACGUCUUAUCCACUUCACUUCUUGGCAUAACGGCAGUAACAAUUACAAACACAAUUGCUGGGGAAGAGACAGUGCACAAACUGGCUUCAUUACUUCUUGUAUUUCUUGGAGGUAGUUAUGUCAUUUUGCAUCUCUCUGGAAAGGGUGGUCACAGCCAUUCACACAAUCAACCCAUGGAGAAAAUGGCUGUGGCAGGGCUUAUCCUUGUUCCUGCAUUGUCUCCUUGUGCCACCACUCUGCCUGUGUUUCUUGCUGUUGGAAAUUCGUCGUCCAUGAUGGUGCUUGCCAUCAUAGUUUUACUAUUCAGCACUAUUACUGUAAUGACCUCACUGGUGGCUCUAUCAUUUUAUGGUGCAAGUCAACUCAAGUUUCACUGGGUGGAACGCUAUGAUAAGCUCCUCGUUGGUUCUGUCCUGUGUUUGGUGGGUAUUUUGACCCUUAUUUUUCACGAUCACGAUGGAGAAGUAGGUUCCUCCGGAGUCCACGUGCACAGAAAACGAAGUGUACUAUAGGAGUUUACUCU